CUACGCUUCAUGACUAAAAUAAGGAAAGAACCAAUUACUUGAUAUCAAAUCUCAUUCAACGUGCUGUCACAUAACACGAAUUUCAUUUCAUCGAUCAAGUUUUAUUUCUUUAGAACCAUAUCAGGAGAUGUUAAUUGAUCUUUUAAUUUGUUGCCUAUUUUAUUUCUCAUGUGCUUUUUUCAUAUAUAGAUUCCUAUUGUAGUUCUGAAAGAAAUAGAAAGUUUGAAAAUCAUCUCUUUUUAUGAUCGAUGCUAGAAGCUGAGUCGGCAUAAGAAACUUUUCAGUGGACACUUUUGCAUAUCAGAUAAAUAGUAACAGUUUUUCAGUUUCAUUACUUGACUGGGGAACCUUUAUUUAUUGUUCAUCGUCAUCAGUCCAUCGAUUAGUUUCCAAAUUUGAACACAGAAGAGAGAAGAAACUACUUGGUCCCCUUUUCCAUGUCAGCAUGCUUGAAAAUCACUAGCUUCACUUUCUCGUUUGGUAUGAGGAAUAAGGGAUGAUUAACACUGAGAUUAAUUUUAGGAUGAGUUUAGACUUUGUUUGGUUGGAUAAAAUAGGAGGACAACAUCUCUCGAGAUUUGUCCAACAUUGAGGAAGGAAUAACAAUCUUGGAAUAACUAAUUCCGAAAUAACUUGUUCCCAACCACCAAACUAGCUCACUGUGAUGGGUACAUUUUUUGUGUGGGGUUGAACACUUGAAAGUGUGCAAUAAAUACAAGGAUCAAUUGAGGUAUGAAAAAGUUAAAGCCAAUUUUAAGUGAUUCUUCAUAUCUUUGGUCUUUAUCUUUAAUUAGCUAAAUAUAGUCUUUGAAGCAUUCUUCAUUUCUAGUAAUUCGAAAUCCAUAAAUAGGAUCAUACAUAAAAUUUGUUACUAGGUGUACAUAUAUUCAUACGAAUUAUGACAAUUUUGAGCUCAUAGAGAUUUAGUGUAAUAGUAGCUGAUUAAACAGGACCAAUAUCUCUUUUCCUCCUCUUUGUUUUUCUUUUCUGUUAUUGGAACAAGAAAAAACAAAAUUUAGGUCUGUUGAAGGCUAUGCCACCCGUAGGCCAGUGAUGGAGCCAGGAUUUUCAUUGAGGAAAUUCAGAAGUGACCAUACGGAUUAGUUGAAGGAGGUUCAACAUCUACUAUAUAUACAGAAAAAAUAUUUUUGACCAUGUAAAAAUAGUAUAAUUUUCCGUCGAAGCGGGUUCAUUCGGAUGAACCCCUAGAGCAAAGGUGGCUCCGCCACUACAUGCCGUAGGCCGCCUUGAAGUUCUCACCUUACCAACAAGCCGAUAGCUAAUCCUUAAGCUCUAUGAUACACAACUUUUUUAUUUCAAUGAAGUUCAGAAUAAGGACCAAAUAGAUUCUUGUAUUGCAUUUCUUCUUUUUCUUAGCUUCCUAUAUGUUUGCCUUCAGUUUUACUUAUUCUAUUUGCCUUCUUUUUAACAUUUUAAUUUACUCUCAAAAUUCUGCUAUAAAUAAUGAAGAAAAUAUCCGUUUAAUAAUCAUCUUUGAGAGCAUCAUAUAUAAGACUAUAAUCAAAAACACAUUUUUUUUCUUUACCUUAAGAAUUAUUCAAUGGAAAUAAUUUUUAAUGCUAUAGGUGGCUUUGUUGUUGAGUUGGGAAAGAUUGUAUCCAAAUGCAUCUAUCCUAGGAUUGAAAAUACCAUUCUUUUCUCAUCAAAAAUUGAAAAUCUGGGGAAGGAAAUGGAGAAGCUAACAAAGUUUAGAGACGAUAUCAAAGAGAAGGUGGAAGACGCGGAGGGAGAAGGCUAUAAGCCAAAACCAGAUGUUAUCAAGUGGAUCGAAGACGUUCACGAGCUGGAGAAUGAAUGGGAAUUUAUGCAAGAAAGCAUUGCAGCAGCUAAGACGCUUUCAUAUAAAUGCUGUCCAAAAUACAGCCUUCGCUUGGAGGUCUCCACUCAAGCAAAGAACAUCCGGGAUCAAUUCUGCAAGCUUAAAGAGGUCGGAGAAAACUUUGGAUCCAACUUGGUGGUAGAAAAUUACCGGAUGAAAAAAGUUGAGCACAUCCCGGGACCAUCAAUAGAAGGCCAGUUAACAGCAACAAGGAAUCUCAACAAACUCCUACGACUAUUGGAAGAUGAUGAGGUAUGCAUCAUCGGUGUGUGGGGUACCGGAGGAGUUGGAAAAACUACAUUGGUGAAGAAUCUGAACAACGAGCUCUUAAAGAACGUGCCAAGUUCCAAACUUUCUUUUGGCGUUGUGAUAUGGGUUACAGUCCCCAAACCGCCAAUAGACAUAAGAAAGAUUCAAGCACAAAUUGCCAGUAGACUACGCCUAACGGUAGAUAACGAGGCAAGUGUAGAAAGCAUUGCCAGCAAAAUCUAUCAAAGGCUCGAGGAAGAAAAGAGUUUCCUUCUCAUACUAGAUGACGUUUGGGAAGCUAUAGAUUUGGAUGAUGUAGGCGUGCCCCAACCUGAAUAUCCUGCGAGAAGCAAGGUCAUUAUAACUUCUCGUUUUUGGGGUGUUUGUAAGCAAAUGAGGACAAACAUCGAAAUGAAGGUUUUCACAUUGGAUGAGGAUGAAUCUUGGCAACUGUUUGCCAAAAAUGUGGGAGAUACUGUAAAUCUGGAGCAAAUCCAUCCCUUGGCAAAGGAAAUUGCAAGAGAGUGUGAUGGUUUACCUUUAGCAAUCAUUGUUAUUGGAUCGUUCAUGAGAGGGAAGACAAGGGUCGAGCUCUGGGAAGAUGCUUUGAAAUCACUUAGCAUGUGCGAACCUCAUAGCAAAGUUGUAGAAGAUAAGGUUUACAAGGUCAUCAAGUGGAGUUUUGAUUCUUUAGAAUCUCAGGAUAUUGAAUUAUCCUCAGAGCAAAGAACCAAACAUGUGAACAAAAAGAGAGGCGAAAUUCAAAGUUGUUUCUUAUAUUGCUCCUUAUAUCCAGCAGCUAUUCCGAUAGAUGAUCUCAUACAUUGCUGGUGGGCGGAGGGGAUCCUCGGUGAACAUGACACAUAUGAAGAAGCCUACAACAGGGGAAUCACGUUGAUUGAGAGUCUAAAAGAUGCCUGCUUGCUAGAAGCCGAUAAGAUACAGAUUCGGAGGCAGGUUGAGGAUUGUGUGAAGAUGCAUGAUGUGGUUCGUGAUGUUGCUAGAUGGAUAGCCAGUACCUUUGGGGAUGAACACAUGUCUGUUUUUCAAGCUGGAAUUGGAUUGACUAAGAUAUCACAUAUUAAAAUAUCGGCUUCUGUCAAGAGAAUAUCUUUCGUAAGCAACAAAAUUGAAUGUCUACCUGAUUGCUUCAUGAAAUGUCCAAAGACAACAUCUUUACUUUUGCAAGACAAUGAACCCCUUCGGAAAAUACCCCAGGAAUUCUUUUUGGCAUUUCCAGCUCUAAGAGUUCUGAAUCUGAGUAAAACUGGUAUUAGAGAACUGCCUUCUUCCAUCAAUAGUUUAUGUCAACUACGUGCUCUAAUACUACAGCGUUGCUUUGUGUUGAAAGAAUUACCACCUGUUGCAAAUCUUCACAAUUUGCAAGUGCUCGAUUGUGAAAAUACAGAGUUGCGUUGUCUGCCGCAAGGAAUGGACAAUUUGUCAAAUCUGAGGCUAUUAAAUAUGCUUGUUGCUGAUUCUAAGAGCAUCAGCAAGGGAUUUUUCCUCAAAUUUCCUAGCAUUGAAAUAUUAAAUAUGUCGGGUAGCUGUCUUGGAGCGACCUAUUUUGAUGAGAUAUCAUCUCUACACAAUCUGACUUAUCUUUCUAUUAAAGUGGAUAGCUCAUCAUGUUUCAAUAGAGAUUACAUGUGGAUGACAAGAUUGAAAGGAUUUCUCAUUGAAGUUGGGGAAACUUCUUUCAAUAGAGAUUACACCUCGAUGUCUAUAUUGCAAGAAUUUCUCAUUGAAAUUAGGGAAAAUUUACUUUAUGUACCAUACAACAAGUCAAUGAGGGCUAUAAAAGUCCACAAGUGUGAAAUUUUCAGUAACGGAGAGCUCUCAGGCAUGUUGCAGUUUGCUUCAGAUUUGUACUUGCAUGAAUGCAUGGGUCUCAGGAAGUUGAUUUCAUACAACACUUUUAAUGGAUUAAAAUUACUAAAAAUUGUGUCCUGUUCUUAUUCUUUCGGACCAGUGGAAGGAGGAAGUGGAAAAUAUGACCCUUUGCCAAAUCUGGAAUAUCUGGACCUACAUUCCGUAAAUAAUUUAAAGAGUGUUUCUGAUUUCGGUCAAUAUUUGGGUCUAAAAUUUUCUAAAUUACACCAACUGAAUAUCUCUUUAUGUUAUAGUUUAACAUGUCUUUUCAACGAUGGUGGAGCAUGUUCCGUGCAAUGCAGCUCAAGUGAUCAGGCAGCACAUUUUAACUCAGAAAUUCCAAGAGUUCGGAAGUUAGAGUUGAAUGGCUUACCUAAACUAGGAACGUUGGGGGAGCCACAGAGUAUGUGGGAAUACUUGGAGGAACUCAAGGUGAUCUACUGUGACGAAUUAAGGAAGUUACCUUUCUCUAUUCAAACCUCCAAAAACAUCAAAAUAAUAGAAGGACAAUCAUACUGGUGGAGUAAACUGGAAUGGGAUGAUGACAAUUUCAAGUCAAAUUUACAGCGUUGUUACAAGGAAUUGUAAAGUUGACUUUGUUUCCGCUGCAUCACAGGGAAGUAUAGAAGCUGAGAAAGGACAUUCCGGCACUGGAGAGACACAGGUUUCGAGAUAAAGUUAACCGGUCGAGUUUGUUGUAAUGUAUUUUCUUAACCAGUCAUGUUUGUUGUAAUGUAUUUCCCCAACCAGUUGAGUUUGUUGAAAUGUAUUUCCUAUUACCAGUCGAGUUUGUUGUAAUGUAUUUCCCCAACCAUUUGAGUUUGUUGAAAUGUAUUUCCUAUUACCAGUCGAGUUUGUUGUAAUGUAUUUCCUUAACCAGUCGAGUUUAUUGUAAUGCAUUUUCUGCCAA